AUGGCCGCCGACCUCAUAAUGCCUACCCUCGCCGACCAGCGCGGCCCUGCCGCUUUUUACGCGCCUCAGCAUCGCCCUGACUUUGGCCACACAAGAUCUCAGUCUUUUCAGACCGCGCCGCGACCUUUCGGCCAGCGCAUCUCCCCCCUCAGCACUCCUCACGAUGGCUCCCCGACCUCGCCCAAGUCGUGCUUGACCGACUCGGUCCGCCCUGCCUACAUGCCUGCCGUCCUCCGCCCCAACCACCACCACUCCAAGAAGCCGCGAACCCCCAAGGCCGAGGACCUCGACGGCGAGGACCUGCUCUGCCUGCGCCGCACCAACAGCAGCUUCAUCAGCCUGCCCGGCUUCAGCGUCAUCGGCUCCAAGCUGGCGCGUCGCUCCACCGGCGACAGCGGCAAGGUCGUGGACCUCGAGUUGGAUCCCGAGCUCUUCCCUGAGGUUACCGGCGAGCCUACACGCAAGCACUGGAAGCCCGACACCGAGUCUACCAUGUGCGACGACCCGACCUGCAAGCGCAACUUCAACGCAUGGAACCGUCGCCACCACUGCCGCCGCUGCGGCAACAUCUUCUGCGGACCUCACUCUACACAAUUCAUCCCCCUUGACGAGGACUGCGAGUUCAACCCCCGCGCGACCUUGUCCCGCGUCUGCUUUCACUGCUUCACCGAAUUUAAGGUAUGGAAGAGCCGUAACGGCAGCCGCAGCGGGAGCGACCAGAGCUCCGACUCUACCAGCACCACCCCGACCAGCCCCAUCGUUGCGAGCCCCAUCGUUCCCACGACGCCGGGCCUCCUGGCUCCCACCAAGGGCCCCGAGGUCGCUGCCAGCGUGCCGCGCGACUGGAACUGGAGCACCUUCUGA